AUGGGGGAAAGGUGUGUAUGUGUGAACAUAAAACGUAUACGGUAUAUCUAUAUCUAUCUAUGGCUGCUGUCCCUUUCAUCCCUCCUCAUAUUUGGUUCCUCAGCAUCAGCGGUCGCCGAGGAGGCGCCGGUGGGGGAGCGAAGCGCCCGUGUAGACGGGCCUGGGCCUAGGCUGAAGCGCCUGCGCGCCCCUCCGAGCGGCGGGGGGCGCUGGGGGCCGGCCCGGGGCGGGUUCUCCGGGCGGAGACAGGGCGAGGUGCGUAGGUCGCCACGUCGGCAGGCGCCGAAGGAGCAGCUUCCACAGCAACGCGAGGGGAGCCCGAGUUCGCUCCGCGGUGGGGGAAGAAGCUGCUGCUGCUGCCGCCGCCGGAGAGGAGAGGGGCGAGCGGAAGAUCCCUCGGCCAGGCGGAGCCCCGAGCUGGCAGGACGGAGGUGAGCCCGAGACGCGGCCUAGUCAGCCGCGGAAAGAGGGAGGCGAGGAGGGCUGGGCAAAAGCAUCUCCCCCCCCCCUCUAUGGGAGAAAAGAGGGGCGCGACCCCCUCCACCUCGCCCUACCCUUAAGGGGUCUCCCGUCGCCCUCCACCCGUGGACUCUGGGGAAGGGGGGACAAGGCAGGAGGGAAAUGGGGGGCACAGAAUGACACCCCCCAAGGGUGGCUUUGGGAGGGGAGCUCGAAACUGAAUGGCAGGGUGUAGACAAAUGGCCAGAGGGAACCAGCUUUGAAUAAGGACGCCCUCUUUUCCUCUGCUCCCAAAACUACAGCUUUUCGGGGUACGCGAGGAAAACGGGGGGGGGGCCUCGGAGGAGCAGUCUGGAAAAUAAAAGAAUGUCCGUUUCGUUCCAAAAUAAACAAAUGCAGUUGAGUUUUUGCCUUGGAACGGUUGCUCUUCUUUCCUGCUCUGGAUAAACGGUUUACAGGGCAGCCCCCCACCCUCCAAAACCGUGUUUUCUCCGAAUUAAGUCCCGCUGUGUUCAGUGGAGCUGACUCCCCAGGUAAGCGUGCACGGAAUAGCAGCAGCCUUAAAAGCUGACCUCCUAAAAUGGCCAGAUGUAGGUCGUCGUGGAGCAGGAGAACUUGUGAUGCGUUUUGUGUGAGAGGGGAAUCUGUGCAAGUAUCAGAAGCUCCCAAGCUUGUCUUUGCUUAUAGACAUUUGCCAUAUAUGAUGUCCACCAGCCUUCCCUAGAGAGCCUGUUUGUGCAGUUCUGUUUACAGCUUGAAUGGAGCGCUGGGGGAGGGGGAUUUGAGGAAAGGCAUUAAUUCACAGUAGAAUUUGCUUCUGAGUGCAGAUGGCAUGAGAAUCUGUAAAUGGAGGAGGGGGUGGUGAUGCGUUGGUUGUGGCAGGGGGAGAGAAGGCGGGGGUUUCCUGCCAGUGCUGUUCUGGCAGGAGACUUUGAGCACCUUCUCUAUUAGAAAGGAGCACCGUGUUCAACGUGGAAGAGCCCUUUAGAGGGCGGGCAAAAGAAUCCAGGCAGCAGCACGUCAACAGCUGCAUGGUUCCAGGUUACAUCUCUCUCUCUCUCCUGCCACGUCACUGCUGUGAUAUAGAUCCGUGAUUUUUUUCCUUGUGUCUUCAGGGUUCCCAUUUAAAGCUUUUUGCAGCAGAAAGUAGUAAUGCUCCCAAUCUGCCAUUUACAGGCCUGUUCUCAGCUUGUUUUUCUGCUUCUUUCUCUCCCAAGACUCCUUUGACUUGAUGUACCUAAUGCUAUUCCUGAAAGUUUCUGCUCCAUAAACCUUUAGUGCUAAAUGCCUGGCCAGGCUUAUUAAACUGUCUGACCAUUCAUGCAAGGCUCCGUUUGUGCGAGUCCCAGACCUAGAGAAGAUUGAUAGGGGACAUGAUCUUCAAAUAUCUGAAGGGCUGUCCCAUAGACUGGAAAACAAAGAUUUGACCUGCCUUCAGGGACAGCGUAGCACAAGCUCUAAUUGGCUUAAGUUACUGGAAGGUAGAUUUUGGUGGAAAAUUAGAGGAAACUUAAUGGUGUUAAGAGUGGUUUCACAAUGAAACAAAUUACUCAGAAACAUGAUGGACUCCCUUUCUUUGGAACUAUUCAAGCCCUCUAGACAGCCAUUUGCUAAGGAUUCUCUGAUGGUGGAUUUCCUGCAUGAAGCAGGUAUUUGGACUAGAUAGCCUACAAUACCACAUCUUACUCUAUGAUUAUCUCACUAUCUAGAUAAUGCCCUUAGAAUCAUAGAAUUGUAGAGUCGGGUUGCACCCUGAGGGUCAGCUAACCCAACCCCUGCAAUGCAAGAAUCUCAACACACAAUCCUUCAUCCAGUUUGAAACCAUACUGGACCCUGCUUAGUUUGCAAGUGUGCUAGCAAUUACAGUGGUGCCUCGCAAGACGAAAUUAAUUCGUUCCGCAAGUCUCUUCGUCUUGCGAGUUUUUCGUCUUGCGAUGCACGGUUUCCCAUAGGAAUGCAUUGAAAAUCAAUUAAUGCGUUCCUAGGGAAACCGCCUUCAGACCAGGUCCGGGGACAGUCUGUCCCCGGACCUCUUCUGAAGGCUGGGGGGAGCAAGGGCUUUUCUUCCCACCCCAGCAUUUUAAAAACCCGGGACAGCGGAGGACUUCUCCGCUGUCCGGGCGAUCUUAAAAUGCUGGCGGGCGGCAUUUUAAAAUCACCCGGGACAGCGGAGGACUUCUCCGCUGUCCGGGGCAAUUAAAGCCCCUGGGAAGGCAGGCAGAGGGGACAAAGACUUUGCCCCCGCCAGCCUUCAGAAGAGGUCCUGGACCUCUUCUGAAGGCGGCGGGGCGAAGUCUUGCUCCCCGCCUUCAAAGCCCUCCGGGACAGGCAGGCAGGGGAGCAAAGACUUCGCCCCCGCCCGCCUUCAGAAGGUCUUCCCUCCCCCCGCCCGGCCCGGAGCACCGUUCCGAGCCGGGCGGCGGCGGAGGUCUUCCCUCCCCCGCCCGGCCCGGGCACCGUUCUGAAGCCGGGCGGCGGCGGAGGUGUUCCCUCCCCCCGCCCGGCCCGGGCACCGUUCCGAGCCGGGCGGCGGGGAGGUCUUCCCUCCCCCGCCCGGCCGGAGCACCGUUCCGAGGCCGGGCGGCGGAGAGGUCUUCCCUCCCCCGCCCGGCCCGGGCACCGUUCCGAAGCCGGGCGGCGAGGAGGUCUUCCCUCCCCCGCCCGGCUCGGGCACCGUUCCGAGCCGGGCGGCGGCGGGAGGUGUUCCCUCCCCCGCCCGGCCGGAGCACCGUUCCGAGCCGGGCGGCGGCGGGUCUUCCCUCCCACCGCCCGGCCGGAGCACCGUUCCGAGCCGGGCGGCGAGAGGUCUUCCCUCCCCACCGCCCGGCCGGAGCACCGUUCCGAGCCGGGCGGCGAGGAGGUCUCCCUCCCCCGCCCGGCUCGGAGCACCGUUCCCGAAGCCGGGCGGCGGCGGCAGGUGUUCCCUCCCCGCCCGGCUCGGAGGAGCCUUCCGAGCCCGGCGGCGGCGGGAGGAGGUGUCCCGCCCCGCCGCCAGGCUUCGGAGGAGGUCCGAGGACAGUGGGGAAGACGCGCUGCGCUUCCCCGCUGUCCCUGAGAUUUCCUAUGGGCUGUCGUCUUGCGAAGCAAGCCCAUAGGAAAUUCGCUUCUGAAGCGCCUCCAAAACGGAAAACCCUUUCGUCUAGCGGGUUUUCCGUCUUGCGAGGCGUUCGUCUUGCGGGGUACCACUGUAUAUGUCUGCACCACUAGGAGAUGCUUACUUCAGCUUUUGCUGUUCUAAACCCAGAAUAGAUAAGCUUUAUUCUCCAGAAGGGUGUGGGAUAUAGAGCGGCUGGAAGUGCAUUCUGUUGCUCAACACCCCACACAGUGCUUUAUUAUAAAGUCUGAGUAACUAUUAGCCAAAGUGUUUCUUUGGGGGGAAGUGAGUAGAACUAUGGAAAUUUUUAAUAAUACAUGUAAUUUGUUUGGGUAGAAUUCAGUGGAGAAUUGAGGUGGUGGUGAUUUGGCCAGCAGAUUCUCCAGUUAGCAAUAAUUGCUAAACCACAUUCUUCUAGACAGUUGCUAUUUUCAGGUGCGAUUCAGUCACAUAACAUUCAGGUUGCACAAUUAUAGUUGAUUUGACUUUCUUGCCUAACAAUCCCACUUAUUCAACUUUUUGUGACAACGGAAGUGACGGGAAAACCACAGUUCUCUCCCCCCCCCCAUUUGCUUUUCUUCCAUUCCUUCUUUUCUGGGACACUAAAGUACAUAAUACACUUCAAUGGUUAUACAACCUCCCUUUUCUCUUGAUUUUCCAGGCAUGUGGGGAGGCUGAGUACUACUAACUGAACUGCCUGUGCUUCCUCAUAGUUAAGCAGCUUGAUAGAUGCCCACAGAGAUAGAGUGUAGGAACUCGUUUAUUAAAACAGUACAUUUUAAAUUAUGGCUAAAUGGAAAACUUGCUCUGAGGCAUCCUGAGUCGCCUUUCUUAGAUGUUCAAAGCUUUGCAUUAAUUAUAAUUCUUUAAAAACCACAUAAAUAACUUGCAUUUCUUCAGGCCAUUGUGUGUUGCAGCUGAGAUUUAAUUGACAUUCUGAGAAGUCUAUUGUACAGUAUAUAAAUGUUAAUAAGCAUGUUACUUUCCUAGGUUUUCAUAUAGGAAACCACAGUAGGACUUUUGAAUACAGAAACAGUUGGUAAGUCUUGGUUUCUAUAUCUAUUUAGAUUUAUGUAAUUGUAGGUCUACCGUAAGGAGACACUGAGAAACCUAAAUGGGGGCAGAGGGGAUUAAGAGAGUAUUUGCCAAUGACAGAUGCCACCUAACUUUGCAGAAAAGCAUUGGAGACAGGGGUGAUUCUGACCUUGCUUCUGCAUUUGCCACCACCAGCCCCCAAAAAAUGGCCUGCUGCAAGGUUGCAAAUGUGCACUUCUCUCAGCUGUUGGAUAAUAUCCCAUCAGUAUAGGAAACUGCAAAGGCAGAAGAGUAAAGCUGUGUGGGAAGUCGAGGGAGGAAGGCAAAGGCAGGGAAUGUUCAUAAAGGUGCAAGUCCAUUCCAAACUUUGACAUAGAAUUAAUGUUAUGCAUUUUCGUGUAGAAUAUGGUCUUGUAUUUAGCUGAAUAUUUGCAGGGAGGCAGUUUGCAGUGUAGUGAUAAUACAUCAAUCCUGAUUUCUUAAUUUAUUUCGGAAUACUCUACUAAUUAACCCGGUCAAAAUAGUUUGCUAUGCAUGUUGUUGUGUUCACCUUACCUGUAAAUAUGAAGAAAAGUACCCUACUGCAAACAUUUAAGAUACUGAAAAAUCGCUCAUAAAACAAUAAUCUGGCCAGUUUGCUCACUUGUUUUACAUGGUUGUUGUAUAAACCAUAUACUGUGGAUGGGGAAAGGAACUGAGGGUGGCUUGCCUCAGGUUGCAUCUGGUGUAGGGAUGAGGCUCUCCAGAUGUUGCUGGACUACAACUCCCAACUCCCAUCAUUGGCUACACUGGCAGGGCUCACGGGAGAGUGGAUUCUAACAUCUGGACGGCUGCAGAUUCCCCACCCCAGACCUUUUGUCAUGGCAGAGGCAAGAUUUGAACCAGGAACUCUCUGGCUCACAGCUUGGGCUCUUAGCCUAUACACUAUACAAACGGAGGACCUAUUUACACACUUUUACUAUAUCGAUAUUGUGGAAAUUGUUUUCAGUAAAAUAACUGAGAGACAGAUUUUGUAUGGGAUACCACUUCAUGUCAGAAAUGCCAUUAAUCUGCUUUUAUACUAUCAAACAUGAUGGAUGGACACACAUCUACUUAUGGUGAAAAUCCCAGUAGAUGGCAGAGUUCCCUGACAAAAUGGGCUUAUGCACAUUUGUUGCAUAUGGUGAUGUGUAGAUAGGCAACAUGCAGCUUUCUACACAGGAAGGGCCAUGAAGGACACAUGUGCAGCAGCUCCAAAAUGUUUAUAUUUUAAGCUUUUGGUGCAACCUUCCACCUUGUGCCUAUACACUGAUAGAAACUUGGAUGAUUGCAGGAGCCUUGACUCUUUUAGUAUAUGGUUCAUUUGGCACCCCCAGAAUAAGUAUCAAUCUACAAAAAAAAUUGUGUGUGUUUUUUUUACAGUUUAGCACCUGUCAUUUCAGUUGAAAUCUGAAGUUGCAUAAUAACAGCAAGGGCACACAUAUUUAUGUGUAUCAUCCAUUAAAAUUCUUGUCUUCCUCCUUUGGGUGGUUCUCAAAGAUAUGGAUACCUGUUUGUUAAACAUAUACGAUUUAAAGAUUAGCCAGUGAAGUGUUGCCUCACUUGAAAAAGAAUGUCUUGGACAUUUUUUUUAUAAGGACACACCAACCUUUCUUUUACUUCUGGAAAUUUCUUAUAUUAUUAAUCUCACUGGAUACAUGCUGUUUUUGUUUCUGUUUAUUUGACCAGUGUUUAUAAUUGUAGACUGCUGUUUAAUAAUAAGGGGAAACAAGGAGAGAACUUGUGCUGGUCAUCUUGA